CUAAACUCUAUUGACAACUCUCACUAUGAGUAGCAGCAACAGUAAUUUCAACUCAACAUAUAAUUCUAUGGCAUACGAGAAACUAACAGGCCUCAAACCAUCAGCCAUGAGGGAUCCAAAAAUGAUUUACCCCAACGGAGGGGGCGGGACUUCAAGCACGGGUGUGAUGAGCCCUACCACACACAACAAUGGAACAAGUCAAUGGGCAGUAGGAAUGGCCAAUGCUUGUGAUGUGCUGGGUAAUCUGGGCAUGACUCCAUCAGUCGACCCUCACAACACCUUGUCCCGCAACACAACGUGGGACAUUCCAAGAGCAACUUGUGAUGCUUUUCAUAGGAAUAUUCCUCCAAACAAUGUAGAGGUUCUUGGUGAGCACAAGCAACGCAGUCGAAGCAGCAAGCAAACAUAUGUGAGCAACGUGAAUAACAGUUGGUCUAGCGCUGGUGAGAAGAGACUGAGUGGCUCAUGUAGCUCAUCUAACAGCAUUAACCACAGCAAAGGAGGUAGUGACACUGACUCGUCCAUGCUGCUCCCUAACUCAGCAUCUCAAAAGCUAACUAGCAACUCCCUCGUCUCUGACCCUGUUGUAUCAAAGCCUCAUCCUCGAGUUUCUGAAACUGAGUGCCCUCGUUUCUACUCACCUUCUUAUUCUAACUCCAAAGAAAAUGAUUUUCUCACAAGCAACUUAUUGUCUGGAUGCAGUACAUUAUCUUAUGCAGAUGCAUUACAAUCUAAUCUCGGUGAAAGUUUCUCUAAUUCAAGGUCAGUCCAUAACAAUCUCGAGUUUAAUCAAUCAUCUAUUCCUAAAUCUUGCUCCUCUGGGUCAAGUGGCAUCCAGGAGAGUCGCUCUAGCACGCCUUCCUCUAACUCAAACUCACUCACUAAGAAAAAGACUCGCCAAGCCGAGGAAUGUAGUCUUGAUGACCAAGAGCUUUCUGCCUCCAGUCCUUACUUCCAUCUUCCCAAGAGUGGCUUGGACCAGCUUGAAGUGUUAUCGGACAGCGGCAGCAGCCUGUCUCCUGACCUGGGUCAUGACAGCGACUCCAUCAAUACUGAACUUGAUGUUGGCUCCAUGGUCGAGAUUGUCAUCAAAGGCAUGCCAAGGUUUGGCGUGAUCCAGUGGCUUGGCACCAUCUCAGACGGCAAGAAGGAGGGCCGCGUGGUGGCCGGCAUUGAGCUGGAGGACGGGUCUGAUGGUUUGAGUGAUGGCACGUUCAACGGGCGCCGGCACUUCUCAUGUCCCCCUGGCAAAGCCAUCUUUGUGAACCUCUCCCUCUGCCGCCAAGACAGCCGCUUCCUGGAGACGCUGUCGUCCGCCAACCCCAGGGCCAGCAUAGGAAAGAAAAAGAAACCUGCUGCAGGUUGCGUCCCAUUCGCUUUUGGCAGCGAGGACUGCGGUCCUGUGGAGGGACGCGUGGCGCCCCCUCGCGGGUCUUCUGUACUGGCCAUGAUAGGCCGCAAUAAAGGCAUCCAGGGCCACCAGAACAGCUGCUACCUCGACGCCACGCUCUUCUCCAUGUUCGCCUUCACCAGCGUUUUCGACAGCCUGCUGUUCAGACCCUCGACGCACGGCGACAUCAAGGAGUACAGCGAAGUCCAGAACGUCCUCAGAGAGGAGAUCGUCAACCCACUGCGCUCGAGGAUGUUUGUUAGGGCAGACCGCAUCAUGAAGCUGCGCAAGCUGCUAGACGGCCUGUCGUCGGUCAAGGGACUCACCACUGAAGAGAAAGACCCCGAAGAGUUCUUACACUCGCUGCUGGCUCAGAUUCUGAAGGAAGAGCCUUACCUUCAUCUGUCGUCUGGCCAGCAGGCUUACCACUACCAGCUCUUCCUGGAGAAAGACGAUAACGUUGCCAUGCCUUCCGUCCAACAGCUCUUCGACCAGAGCUUCCUCACCUCUGAUAUCAAACUCAAGGAGGUUCCCUCCAUCCUGAUCCUGCAGAUGCCGAGGUUCGGCAAGGACUACAAGAUGUACCCGCGCAUCCUGCCUUCGCUGCUGCUCGACAUCACCGACGUCAUCGAAGACUCUCCUCGGCAGUGCAACAUCUGCGGUCAGGUGGCAGAGUUUGAGUGCCCGCAGUGCUUUGGGCAGUGCGGCUCGGGUCUUGAGAGCAUCGCCUUCUGCGACAACUGCCUCAGAACGGUUCACAACCACAAGGAGCGAGACCGUCACGAGUCGGUGCGCAAGUUGUGCGUGCCGCUGGAGUACCGUAUGUUGGCCAGUCACUGUCCCUCUGUACCCCGCAUAUUCAUGGAACUUUUCGCCGUGGUUUGUAUAGAAACUUCGCACUACGUCACCUUCACCCGAUGUGGGGAGGGGCCUGAGGCACCAUGGUGCUUCUUCGACUCCAUGGCCGACAGAAAAGGAGAGCAGCACGGCUACAACAUCCCUAGCGUGGUGGAGUGCCGUGAGUUGCAGGAGUGGCUGAGUGACCAGGGCAGCCUGGCACUGAGUGCCAUCACGGACGACAAGGCGCUGCCUCAUCUUACCCGCCGCCUGCUCUGUGACGCCUACAUGUGCUUCUACCACACUGCCAGAGUCGCCAUGUAUAGAUAAACCCUUUAGGGUAUUCAUUCUCUGGUAGAUAAAUUGACUACAUUGUUCGUUACAUGAAUCUACGACAUUGAUGGUUAGAUAAAUCUACUGCAUUGCUGUGAAACUAGGAAAUUCUCCAGGAUAUGGAAUAUUGCGGUAUUAGAAGUUAUAAUUAUGAAAAAAUAUAAGCAAAUUUUAUUUAUGCUACUUUAAUUGCAUUGCAUCGAUGAAUGUUUGGAAGAAGAAACCCGGUGGAUGUAAUGCAAUAGAUUUAGAGUUGUUCUUUAGAGUAAUAAAGUUUUCAAGUUGAGAAGCUUUGAGAGGAAGUAUAUCAUGUUGCUGAUCGCUCAUGUAUCGGUGCAGAUAACGGUCAUCUUAAAGCUAUUAGCGUUCAAUGAUGACUAUAAUAAGAGUUGUAUGAUACCGCAGUUGUAUGCCUUAUUUCCUCAUGCUCUUGUAUACCUGAUAUAAAUGAACUGCAAGUUGUCUUCAUCUUACAUCGACCAAAGUAAAUGCAUGCAUUUUACAUCGAAGUUAUCUACAUUUCUUUCAUACAUGUUCUGAUUUAAAAUGAACAGGCUUAUUUACGGUUGAGGCAAGUCAUGAAAGAGUAUUUUUAAGUGAAAAAGUAUUUUACUGUCACAGCAAACUUUAUGUUGGUGAAGCUCCCAAAUAUCUACUCGUAAGUGACAAUUGCGAAUUCCUCAAUACGAUGGUUAUUACUUAUAGGGGAAAUUCUAUUAAAGUGAAAUCCGUCGUAUUAAUUUUGUAGUAAUUGGCAUCUUUCCGACUAUGUGUGAUUUUUGAUGCUGUAUGCGAUCUGGAUAGAAAAAUUUCAGAGCUUUUUUUCAAUGUAGGCGAUUAGUUUCCAUUCAAAACGCAAUGGUGUGGUCAUUUCUACCGAUGUUUGUCAUGUCUCUAAGCUUUCUACCAUAAAAGAGGUACCUAAUACGAGACCCGUGAAUUAGAGUUUUACAUCCAGAGUUUGAUUAUUGAGUUUUUCAGCCUAAAUCUUCACUGACAGUUUCAAGUUGAGUAUCUCGCUGUCAAGACAGCGCUGUGUCCUGGCCUUUAGAGCUUCGGAUCAAUUGCCUACAAUCGUGUUUCUGCUGCCUUGCUCGUAUCGCCGUUAGUGACUACUUUCUAUUAAUCGUUUUGAUUGCAACUUGUUAUUAUAAUACGGAGUCAAACUUUAUUCGAUUCAUUUGGGAUCUUGUAUUGCUAGAUAACUUGUCAGUUUCGGGACACCCCGGCGCCUGUUUCAUGGACUGCAAAGUCUCAUGUCCAUGUUGAUUCAAUGCACUUCAUUACGUUUGUAGAUUGCUACGAUCUGCUUCAUGUUCCUAUAGCUUAUGCUAAAAGUUGAGUACCGGUACAUUUUUUUUUAUUUCUGUGAUGUUAAGUUGAAAUUGUUCUGUAACAUCAUUAGUUGAGCUUUUUAUUUAUCACGGAAAAUAUAUCUUUACUUAACCGGGCCACAACCAGCGAUGGCUCAGCAAGUUAAACGCUACAUCCUCAACAUGAGAUUGCCUUGUAACUUCGAAGGGGCGUGUGACCUGGUCUCACAGGCGUGAAAUGUUCUAAUGCUAAUGUCUGUUGUCUCUAAGAGGUUCUUCAAGUAUUCUAUGAACUAUGAAAGUCACCGCGUGGAGCCUGAGUGAUUGCAGGUUUCUUUAUUUAAUUAGUUUGCGCAUUGAUUGCUAGCGUAUAUUGACCAAAGAUUAGUGGAGGUGUAUAUAUAUAUGUUGGCGCUUUUUUUAAGUUGUUAUUUUUUUAGCAGGAAAUUACAAACGUUAUAUUAAGUCGAGUUGGCGAGCUACCUCGUCCUGACUCCUGCUAGUCACGUUACUAAGUUGCUUCUAAAGCACCUCGCAUUCAUCUUUUCAUGCCACGAAAUUGCAACGUUCUGAGAAUAUCCGCCUGAUAUUCUGUUUUUUUCAGUAUCUUAUUGUUAAACUUUAAGUUUAUUUCUGUAUAUUAUAGUAGUGUUGGAAAUUGUCAAUGGUAAGGCCAUUAUACGCCAAAUUUCAGACUUCACCUUUAACUCACGUUGUAUGCAUCUAUGUUUGCGUUCUUCACAUCUUUUUUGUUUAGCUAACUAGCGCUUGGCACAUUUAUGGAUUGUUUUUUUUAUUUGCCUGUAUUUUUGUGACUGAGAUACUCCGACGGUAUUGCGAUGUGCUGUGCUAAAUGUUCCGAUGUUCCAUAACUCGGUUGACGCGCUCUAAACUUUCUUUGUAACCUUCUGCUGUCCAUCACGAUUUUUUUUGCCCUGCUUCAUAUGUCACGGCCAUUAUGAAGAUUCCUUAUUAUUUAAUAACGCCAUAGUUUUAAACCUAAAGCCCUAUGUAUUGUCCGUUUCGCAGUGUUGCACAUUUUGAACAGAGGCACCACAUUGUAUAUUAGUGUUCUUUCACAUUAAUGGUUAUACUUUUUAAGUGAUAUUCCAUGGAUUGCCAAAGUUCAUAUUAUUUCUAUAUGAGCGAAUAAAAUUCUAAUGCUGAAGAAUUUUCUAUGUUGAAUUCUAAUGAAUGAAGUGUUCACCUCAAACUUAUAAAUAAUUCCAUUUAGUUGCCUUGAAGAGGCCUAUGAUUUUCUCCGUUGUUGACUAAUUUGGUGUUUUUUCUUAAGUCGCUACUCAUUCACCUUUGUCGUGUAUGGUCUUUUGUGAUAUAUAUAUUUACUAACUAUUAAUACAGUUUAAAUCA